AUGGAAUGGAUAAAAUUAAAACCAAAAGGUAUUCAACCACCAAAAAGAGGGGGACAUACAUCAUGUAUUAUUAAAAAUAAAUUAUAUGUAUUUGGAGGAGGCAGUUAUCAACCACCACAAACAAGUUCAUUAGCAUUGGAACCAAAUAAUUUACAUGUUUAUGAUUUUACAACAAACACAUGGGGUAUUUUGGCGACAAGCGGUAUUCCACCAUCAAUUAGAUAUGGACAUUCAGCAACAGAGGUUGGAGAUAAAAUAUUUAUAAUUGGAGGAUAUGGACAAAUGUUUUUUGACGAUGUACACAUUUUCGAUACCACUACAAACAGUUGGAGCUCACCAGUUUGUUUAGGACAAAGACCCUCACCACGUUAUGCCCAUUCAGCUACUUUAGUUGGUACCAAUAUAUUUGUAUUUGCAGGUUGUUACGAAAAUAAAUGUUUUAACGAACUCUAUUGCUUGGAUACUGUAGCUCUUACUUGGUCAUUCGUUAGUACAACUGGAAGUCCCCCACAGCAACGUUCAUAUCACACAACAAACUUAAUUGGCAGAAAGCUUUACGUAUUUGGUGGCCAUGUUGGUAGUACUUAUCAUAGUGAUCUCUAUGUUUUCAAUUUAGACUCAAAGGUUUGGACUCAAGGUAUUACUCAAGGUAAAUUUGAAACCGGUAUUGCUUAUCACUCAUCUGCUAUCAUCAAUAAUCAAUUGUUUAUUUUUGGUGGUAACGAUGGUAGAGCUUGUUAUGAUGCUCUUUGGAAAUUAAAUAUUGAAAAUAUGGAGUGGGAAAGAAUGCUAUUUAAAGAUUGUAGUGCAAGACCCCCAAGUCGUCAUAAACACACUUUAUCGGUAUCUCAAGAUCUCUCGUUAAUCCUCUAUGGUGGCAUGGAGUUUUAUCCAAAUUGUUUUGAUGAUUUAUACAAACUUCAUAUACCAUCCAAGUGUCUUCAAUCACCAAAUUUAAUUUCAAUUUAUCAUCCUCCACUUGUUUUAAAUAAUUCAAAUGGUUCAAUAAAUAUUAAUGGAAAUUGUAACAAUAAUAAUACUACAAAUACAAAUAGUUCCAAUUUAUAUACAUCAAAUAGUGGCUUAAUGGUCCAAAUACCUUCAUCACCAACAUUAUCUUCAUUAUCUCAAUCAUCAUCAUCAACACCAUCAAUAUCUGAUAUAAUGGAUGAUAGAAAUAAAUUACAAUACGAAUUUAAUAAAUUAAAAGAAGAAUACGAACAGGUAAAACAAAUCAUUGAAAAUGUUUCUUGUUUAAAUCUUUCAAAUGCAUCAUUUAUUGAUUUAGAUAAUUUAGAAAAUUGUUUUUUAGAUGGUUUAAGAAAAGUUUCAAAUUCAAAGAGAAUUUUAAUGGAAAAUAGAAAUAAGGAAUAUAGUCAAAUAAAAGAAGAAAAUGAUAUACUAAAACAACACUUUAAUCAAUUUCAACCAUUAUCACCAUUAUCACCAACUUCGCCACCACAAACAUUGGGAUUUCAAAAUCAGUCACCACCUUAUGUAAAUAUAAAUAAUAAUAAUAAUAUUAAUAAUAAUAACAACCAACCAUCAUAUAAUCAAAAAUCUUUUGGUGGGGGUGGCAGUUUUAAACAUAAUAACGGUUCAAACUACCAUUCAAGUAGAAAUUUACCUUUAAGAAGGGUAAAUUCAACAGACUCUGUAAUAGUAGAUGGUAGAGCAAAGGAUUUAUUCAAUGGUAAUUCCAAUUUAAGUCCACAAGGUUCACCUCAUUUAAAUUCAAAUCAAAGAACUUAUACAAGAAAUAUAAAUAAUUUUAAUUUAAAUUCACCUUUAUUAAUUAAUAAUAAUAAUAUUGUAAACAAUAAUAACAAUAGUAAUAAUAGUAAUAAUUCGAAUAAUCAUAAAUUUAUUACAAAAUCAAAUAAUUUUAGUUUUCAAAAUUAUCAACAGCAGCAACAACAACAACAACAACAGCAACAACAACAGCAACAACAAUUUGAUAAUUUUAAAUAA